AUGGGGGAGACACAUGAAGACGCUUCCCAGCUGCAGCGGGAGAAUUGCGAGCUGGAGCGGCGCAUCCAGGAGCGCAGCCAGCAGCAGGAGCCCUUGCUGUGCCCCAGCUACCAGUCCUACUUCCGCACCAUCGAGGAGCUGCAGCAGAAGAUUCUGUGUGCCAAGUCUGAGAAUUCCAAGCUGAUGGUCCAAGUAGACAAUGCCAAACUGGCUGCUGAUGACUUCCGCACCAAGUACCAGUCGGAGCUGUCCCUGCGGCAGCUGGUGGAGUCGGACAUCAACAGCCUGCGCAGGAUCCUGGACGAGCUGACCCUGUGCAAGUCCGACCUGGAGGCGCAGGUGGAGUCGCUGAAGGAGGAGCUGCUGUCCCUCAAGCGGAACCAUGAGGAGGAAGUCAACACCCUGCGCUGCCAGCUCGGGGACCGCCUCAACAUAGAGGUGGACGCGGCGCCCUCCGUGGACCUGAACCGCGUGCUCAACGAAGUCAGGAGCACGUACGAGGCCGUGGUGGAGACCAACCGCAGGGAGGUGGAGGAGUGGUACACCACGCAGACCGAGGAGCUGAACAAGCAGGUGGUGUCGAGCUCGGAGCAGCUGCAGUCCUACCAGGCGGAGAUCAUCGAGCUGCGGCGCACGGUCAACGCCCUGGAGAUCGAGCUGCAGGCGCAGCACAACCUGAGAAACUCCCUGGAGAACACGCUGAACGAGAGCGAGGCCCGCUACAGCUCGCAGCUGUCGCAGGUGCAGUGCCUGAUCGGCAGCGUGGAGUCGCAGCUGGCGGAGAUCCGGGCUGACCUGGAGCGGCAGAACCAGGAGUACCAGGUGCUGCUGGACGUGCGGGCGCGGCUGGAGUGCGAGAUCAACACGUACCGGGGCCUGCUGGACAGCGAGGACUGCAAGCUGCCCUGCAACCCGUGUGCCACCACCAAUGCCACUGGCAGUUCCUGCGGGCCCUGCGGCAGCUGUCAGAAGCGUUGUUAAUUGAACAGUGGUGCCCUCCUGGAAGACGUCAGUGAAGCCACUUGGAUGAAGCCCAGGAACGAUCCCCAGGGCCUCCCUGGGCCAGGGCUCAGUUGCCACUAAUGCCAGCUAGGAUUCUAGACCCUGAUGCGUUUUCCAGACCCAACAAGCAAGGACUCCUAUCAUCAACUUCCGAUGUCAGGAAAAGUCCCCGGGCUUCGGCACUGGGCCUCUUCCCUCCUGGAGGUGUUUAGCCCGCUGAGAUCUGUGCUCCAGGGAUUACUUUUGGGCAUUUCCUGUACACACUGCAAUUCCCUGCUCUCCUUUCUUCUCUGGCAUUCUCUUGAAUGCACGGAGGUGACUUCAUUUACUUCCCAAUAAACUC